UUAUUUGAUUCGGUGAAAAAUGAUUAAUGAAAACAAUCAUUAAAGAGUCAUGGCCCAAAGCGGCGGCGCUUCAUUUUGAAUGACGUCAUCCCGCUACUGGAACAGACGAGGCGGAAGAGAAAGUCCCUUGGGUAGAUAGUGUGACUGCGGACGUCGAUUCCAGGAACACCUAAAAGAGCAGCUCCAGUUCAUUUCAACGCUUUUUACAUUGAUCUCUCAAGUGGAAAACAACACAUAACUGCCCCAAAAAUAUCGGGGGGCCAUGGAGUUGAAUGGCAAAGAGGAACUCAAAGGACCCGUGUUGCAUAUCGUGGUAGUCGGAUUUCACCACAAGAAAGGCUGUCAGGUGGAAUACUCCUACCCUCCCCUCAUCCCUGAGGAGGGCCAUGACAGCAACAACCUGCCUGAGGAGUGGAAGUACCUGCCUUUCCUUGCCCUGCCUGACGGAGCACACAACUACCAAGAAGACACCGUGUUCUUCCACCUCCCUCCUCUCGCUGGAGCAGAUGUGAAGUGUGUGUACGGAGUCUCCUGCUAUCGCCAAAUAGAAGCUAAGUCCCUGAAGGUCCGUCUGGCUGACGUCACCAGGGAGACGGUCCAGAAGAGUGUGUGUGUUCUCAGUCAACUGCCUCUGUACGGUCUCCUCCAAGCUAAACUGCAGCUCAUCACACACGCCUACUUUGAGGAGAAAGACUUCUCACAGAUUUCGAUAUUGAAGGAGUUGUAUGAACACAUGAACAGCUCUCUGAGAGGGACAGCUCUAGAGGGAUCCCAAGUGUUCCUGGGUAUGUCACCAAGAGAUUUAAUACUGCACUUUCGACACAAGGUUCUGAUCCUCUUCAAACUGAUUCUGCUGGAGAAGAAGGUCCUGUUCUACGUGUCUCCAGUCAACAGGCUAGUAGGAGCUCUGAUGACCGUACUGUCUCUGUUCCCAGGUAUGAUAGAGCACGGCCUGGCUGACUCCUCCCACUACCGGCCCAAGAGCAGCGUCUCCGAGGAGAUCACACUAGGAGACUGUGGGUCUGGGGCAGAGGACUUGGUCUCUGUUUCCGUCACUGACAUCACCAACGCUACCGUGGAGCUAAUGGGGGAGGAGGUCUUCGGAGAGGACCACACCACCUCCAUCGUGAAGGCUUCACGGAGGACAUCGCCUUCCCCAGAGACCUCCACCCCAGCUAGGGAGAACACCCAGCUGAAGCCCCCCUCCCGGACUUCCCCAGACUCCUCGGAGAGCGACUGGGAGACACUGGAUCCCAGUGUUUUGGAGGAAGGGACUAGUGACUCAGAGGUGGGGGGUUCAGGGGUUCUGGAGACAGGUAUCCCCAUCACGGUGCAGCCCCGGGGCCUGUCGGCAGGGCCAGGAGGCCAGGGAGCCGUCUCUCAGGGCUUGGUGUCUGGACUGGAAGAGGAUCAAUAUGGCCUGCCACUCGCCAUCUUCACCAAGGGUUACCUGUGCCUGCCCUACAUGGCCUUGCAGCAGCACCACCUGCUGUCAGAUGUCACGGUGCGCGGCUUUGUUGCCGGGGCAACCAACAUACUCUUCCGUCAGCAGAGGCACCUGAGUGACGCAAUCGUUGACGUGGAGGAAGCUAAGCUCCAGAUCGGGGACCCUGAGUUGAGGAAGCUGCUAGGCCUGACCACGGCUGACCUGCGUUUUGCUGACUACCUGGUCAAACACGUGACAGAGAACCGUGAGGACGUGUUUCUGGAUGGGACCGGCUGGGAGGGAGGGGACGAGUGGAUCAGGGCCCAGUUUGGACUCUACAUACACUCCCUCCUAUCCUCUACCUUACUAGAAGAUAAUGAGAAGUUGCUAGCGGACUGGGGCGCUCCCUUCAUCUCAGCCUGGAGGAUCACACACAACUACAGAGUGUGGUUCAUCAACAAGCACCCAGCCAUGGCCGAGAUCACCCCAGGUCAUCCGUUCCAAGGACAGUACAGUGCUGCUGAUCUGAAACUAAGAUUCUCACACUCGGUGCAGAACAGUGAGCGCGGGAAGAAGAUGGGGGCAGCUGUGAUCACCACCAGUCGGAGUGUUGUGCAGACUGGGAAGGCAGUAGGUCAGUCGGUGGGUGUAGCUCUGAGCAGCGCUAAGUCAGCCAUGUCCUCCUGGUUCUCUAUCGUACCCACUCCAGCAGCCUCACCAGAGCCUCAGUUACCUACAGAGACCAAGCCUUGACCACCUGCCUGUCCCCCUCACCCAGUCUCUUCUCACAGCAGUUGUCUAGCGGGAGAGACUAGGGUUAACCUACCCCCCCCUCAACAGUCAUCAUCAAUUCAUCUUUCCAUGAUUUCUUGCACUCUUUCUCCUCAUUCUCAAACCCCAUUGGAGAAAAAAUUCAAGAGGGGGGAGGAAUCUUGGACUGUGACCUCCAAUACAGUUGAGGCACUUCUCCUCUCAGAUCACAACAUAUUUUUUAUUUAACUAGGCAAGUCAGUUAAGAAUAAAUUAUUAUUUACUAUGACAGCCUACCGGGGAACAGUGGGUUAACUGCCUUGUUCAGGGGCAGAACGACAGAUUUUUACCUUGUCAGCUCGGGGAUUCGAUCUUGCAACCUUUCGGUUACAAGUCCACCGCUCUAACCACUAGGCUACCUGCCUCCUCUACACUCUAACCACAUGCCGCCCCUAGAUGGCAAAACAGAUGGAUCCUGUUUGUGUCCCAAAUGGCACCCUAUUCCCUUCUAUAGUGCACUACAGUUUUUCAAAAUGGAAAAAAAUACUUUAAAAUAAUAUUUUUUUAUAAAGGGAAUAGAUUGCCAUUUAGGAUGCAUCCCAGGUGUCCAGGACACUCCUUUCAUCCUCUAUACAACUGCUCCAGUAUGGAGGGAGGGCAGACAGACAGACAGACAGACAGACAGACAGACAGACAGGCAGGCAGGCAGGCAGGCAGGCAGACAGACAGGCAGACAGACAGGCAGACAGACAGGCAGGCAGACAGACAGGCAGGCAGGCAGACAGACAGACAUUUCCUUGCUCAGAGUCUCAGCCUCUUUAGAUUUGAAUGUUUUCUCUGUGUUUUUAUCCCAGUGUUUUUCUCUAGCUGUAUAUCAACAAGGUGUAUACUGUCUAUACUGACAGUCUUUAAUGACAGUGUGAGUCGCUGUCGGAAUGGUACCACUCCUACGCAACUCUCGUCCCCUGCAGGCAGAAUCGACACGCUAUCUGACCUAAGACAAUGGUGUUACUGUAAAUCAACAAGACACUGGGGCCAGAGCAAGUUGAUCUCACAUUGAACAGGUGGACUCCCAAAUGGAAACCUAUCCCAUAUAUAGUGCACUACUUCUGUCCAGAUCCCUAAGGGGUUGGUGGGUUGGAUUGGGUUGGUUGGUUGGUGGGGUUGCGUGGGUGAGCGGGGGGGUUGUUGGUUGGGUUGGUGGGCGGGUUAGUUUGGUGGGCGGGUUAGUUUGGGUUGGUGCCAUUCUGUUCGUCACUCCUUCAGGAAGAGAACUGGUUUGGACUCGUUAUAUCCAUCCAUGAUAGUAUUCUAUCUUAUGAUGACAUGUUAUAGUGAACUCUGUAGAGAGAUGACGGCUGGAGGAAUGUGGGAUAUAAACAAAUAUACUGUAUUUAGCCUUUUUUAUAUAUUGAUGUAGUUCUGUCCUUGAGCUGUUGUCUAUUCAUGUUCUGUAUUAUGUUUUAUGUGUUGUGUGGAACCCCAGGAAGAGUGUCUGCUGCUAUAGCAACAGCUAAUGGGGGAUUCUAAUAAAAUACCAGAAAA